UUUGGUUUGGUUACAAACUGGUUGUUGCUUCAUCAUAGGGGGCACGCCUAUUUUUAUUUUUGUUUAUUUUCUUUUAAAAACCCAAAAGUUUUGUUUUAUAAUUUUUUUAUUUACCAAUUUUGUUAAAAAUUCGACUUUUUUAUCUUAAUGACUGACGAUGUCUUAUUCGAUUCUGGCCUGGUCUUUGUGUUUCAACAUAAUAUACGUGUUAAAUGGUGUAACCGCGUCUGACUGCUUCAUUCCGACAAUAAUCCGAGGAUCAUGGUUUUCAUGGGAGAACGGCAAACCGACACAGACUAUAAUCGACAGCAAGUCGAUGAGCCAAAGAGGCCGUUGUCUCGCUUCCUUGGACGAAUACCACAGCAACUACACGUUCGUUUUCAAGAACAAUGACAACUGUUACCACUGCGUCAAAAUACUCUUGCGUACCGUGAACGUCAUGGAAAAAAUUGAAAGUGGUUGCGUUACGCUGGGAGGUGCGGCCGUCCCGACAAACCUUAUCGAAAGCGUAUGCCAAGAUCUCAAUCCAGAACAACAGCUGAUAACACUAUUCCAGGAGAACUAUGUACCAGUCAACUGCCGGUCGAGUCUCGAAGGAGUCUGGAAAUUUUCUUACCAGAAUCGUUUUACUUUUACGGGCGAGUGCACGCAUCCUGACGCUUAUAUCAAAUCGUGCCAGGAGCCCGGGAACCAGUUUUUAAUAACAAACCAGAAGUUCAACAUAACGUACAAACGAUGCGAGGGUAUGUCAGGGACGUUCGACGGCGUCGUCGAAUACUCCUGCCUCGGGGAUUGGUUCGUAGACAAGAACCAUUUUUUCGCCGUCGCCAAUACGAAAGAAUCGAGGAAAGACGAAAAGUACCGCUGUUUCCUCAAGAACCGAGAUGACGACCUUUACCUCGGCGUUUCAAUAACGGCUGAGUGCAAUACGCUCAAGACGGUCGAAAAAAGCCCCGAACGACUUCGUAUAACACCAGUUAAAACCGAGGUCGUCGAACCGGGAUGCAGGCUCCCGCAGAAUUUCUCCGGCGAAUGGAUCAACACGGCCAAUCUAGACGCAGACGUCGUAAUUAACGAGACGCAUAUCAUAGAGACUUGGUAUCCCGAUACGACCCGUUAUCGAAAAACCAUCUACGUCUGCCGACAACAGAGGGACACUCGAGUAAUGAUGGCCAGACUCACAGUAGACGGAUGUCAAAAGGAUUAUAUAUGUUUCAACUUCAUUCCGCGCCAUCACAACGUCAUAAGGUACAGAAAAGGCAUAGCGGUUAUAAAAGAUGACUUUUCAACUGUAUGCUCUUGGGUACAGUUUAAAAACCAGGAAGCUUGGAUUUACAGCACUUUCCUCUCUGCUAAACCAGUACCGGUCAGGUGUCCGGUGGCCGGCAAGUUCAACUUCACCCAGCGAGGUGACGUACCAUUUGAAACAAGAAUACUUGGUGGUGUAACGCUAUCGCCAAGGCCGACACUGUACUGCAAGCAAAACAUAUCCGACUUCUCGGUGUGCGACAUCGACCAGAAGGAGAUAGACAUCGACGAAACGUACUGUCUCACUGUUGACUACCUCGGCAGGCCUAGCGAUAUAUACAGUGAUCCUGAUUAUAGAAUGAAGUGUAUUGGAUUCUGGAAGGAAAAUCUCAAAUCGUACCUCAUAACUUAUGACGAGCUGGAUGCUUUCAGCAAAUACAGAUGCUGGGUUUACCAAAGGGCUGAUUUGAACCGUAUCCUUAUGUCUCAAUCCCUGGGCGCUUACUGCAGCCUGAAUCAGGAUGUCACAUCCUGGAACCACACGGAAGGAGCCGCCGUAGCGAUCGACAUGAUAGAAUAUGAAAGAGAACGGGAUCAGUGCCCGAUGUACUUCGACGACGGUUCGAACCCGUGGCUCCACUCUGAGAACUACAUCAAAGUGUUCCACUUUGGAUCGGGCGUGAGCCGUACUGCGUUGGCCAACAUGGGCACAGCUUGCGCUCUGACCCUCUUGGCCAUUUUUUUAUAAUAGGAGCCCUAUACGUACGGGAGACGAGGUACACCCCCGUCCUAUAGGCUCAAAGGGCGGUUAAUUUUUUUGCCCGAUCUUGUUUUUUUUAUAUAUUUUUCCUUUUUUUAACGAUUCCGUCCAAAGUAUAAUAAAGACUUUUGUAAAUAGUCAAUUUACAUUUCUUUAUUUUUACAAUAUGUAAUUGUAUUUAAAGAAAAGAAAAAAAAAUUUGCUAGUACUAAGCAUGCAGAAACUUUUCAGUCGACCUUUGAACAACUAUUGACACUGCAUCAUCAUAAUCAUAUCACAAUUUAAAAAUUGAUAGGCCAGAAUAAAAUAGAUGAAAUUGUAAUUUUCAUAUUAAUGAUUACAUUUUAUUAAAAGCACCCCUCAUACACACACAACACACACACAAAAAUCAUACUUUUGACAAUUCCGGUCCUAUUUUUAUCCGCAUCAUAUAUUCUUAAUGAACGAUAUUCAUAAAUAAUCAAUUGAUAGGUAUAUUUUCUAUUUAUAUUAUUAAACGAUAAUAUUUUUAUUUUUUUGUUUGU